CUGUCCGUGAGAAAUGACACAUUCCAUAUGCUGCAAACACUUCUGCCUCCCUUUUGCCUUUCACUGGAAAAUCCUCAUCCCUCUUCCUGCACAAAAAAACGCUGGUUCCCUGAGGUGACAGGGGGGUCCCUGGAGAGGCCAUGGCCACCUAGAGCCUGGUGGGGCCGGAGAUGGCGGCGCAGAGGAUCCGGGCGGCCAACUCGGGGGGUCUCCCGCGGUGCAAGUCCGAGGGGACCCUCAUCGACCUCGGCGAGGCCUUCACCGAAACCAGCCUGGGUGACGUCAAAGUGCCUUCUCCCAGUGCCUUGCUGGUUGACAAUCCCACGUCCUUCGGGAACGCGAAGGAAGUCGUAGCAAUCAAGGAUUACUGUCCGACCAAUUUCACCACGUUGAAGUUCUCCAAGGGGGACCACCUUUAUGUCCUGGACACGUCGGGGGGCGAGUGGUGGUACGCCCACAACACCACGGAGAUGGGCUACAUCCCCUCCUCCUACGUGCAGCCCGUGAACUACCGCCACUCCUCCCUGACGGACAGCGGCAUGAUCGACAACCUGCUGGAGAGCCCUGACGAGGGGGCCAAGGAGCUGGACCUGCUUGGGGAGUGGACUGAUGCGAAGAGAAACUCUGUGAAAAUCCACAAUAACAACCCCUUCCUGAACGGAGUCCAGACGAACCCGUUCCUGAACGGGAAUGUGCACGCGGUGCCCGGCUCAGACAGAGAGUCCGACUCCAGCGUCACCGUUGACUUGCUGCUCUUCGACACGGGGGCUCCUGCAUCGACUGUCUCCAGUUCUGCUGCCAACAGCAGCCUGGGGAACAUUUUUGAUGAGUUUCCAUCCACAAACAGGCUGGAUCUGGACCAGCCUGUGAGAAGAGACAACCCCUUCUUCAGAAGUAAACGCUCCUACAGCUUGUCUGAACUGUCUGUUCUCCAGGCCAAGUCAGACGCUCCGGCAUCGUCGAGUUUCUUCAGUGGUUUGAAGUCUCCCACCCCUGAGCAGUUCCAGAGCCGGGAGGACUUUAGGACAGCGUGGCUGAACCACAGGAAGCUGGCUCGGUCUUGCCACGACUUGGAUUUGCUCGGUCAGAACCCUGGCUGGGGUCAGACGCAGCCGGUGGAGACCAACAUCGUGUGCAAGCUGGACAGCUCUGGUGGGGCCGUUCAGCUGCCAGACACCAACAUCAGCAUCCACGUGCCCGAGGGCCACGUGUGCCCCGGGGAGACGCAGCAGAUCUCCAUGAAGGCCAUGCUGGAUCCGCCGCUGGAGCUCAACAGCGACAAGUGCAGCACCAUCAGCCCCGUCCUGCAGAUCAAACUCAGCAACAUGGAGGUGAAAACCUUCAUCAUCCUGGAGAUGAAGGUGUCGGCGGAGGUCAAGAACGACAUCACGAGCAAGAGUUUGGUGGGACUGCAGUGCCUGCGGAGCGACAUGAAGGAGGGGCCGUACACACCCCUGCAGCUGAGCUAUUCCUAUGGGGACACGAUCCAGGUGCAGCUGGAGAACCUGGAGCCUUGCAUGUACAUCGCAGCCGUGGCCCAAGGGCAGAACAUCCUGUACCCUUCCACCGUCUGGGAUUACAUCAGCAAGAAGAUCACAGUGGGCGUCUAUGGCCCCAAACACAUCCACCCUUCCUUCAAAACCGUGGUGGCCAUGUUUGGGCACGAGUGUGCCCCCAAGACCCUCCUGGUGAACGAGGUCACCAGGCAGUCCCACAGCCCGGCCCCCGUCGCCCUCCAGCUCUGGGGGAAGCACCAGUUUGCCCUGUCCCGGCCUCAGGACCUCAAGCUCUGCAUGUUCUCCAACAUGACCAACUACGAGGUGAAGGCCAGCGAACAAGCCAAGGUCGUCCGGGGCUUCCAGAUGAAGCUGGGCAAGGUGAGCCGCCUCAUCUUCCCCAUCGCGUCCCACGACCCCAACGAGCUCUCGGACUUCACACUGAGGAUACAGGUCAAGGAUGACCAGGAUGCCAUUUUGACCCAGUUCUGCGUCCAGACGCCACAGCCGCCUCCGAAAAGUGCCAUCAAGCCGACGGGACAGAGGCGGUUCCUCAAGAAGAAUGAGGUUGGGAAGAUCAUCCUGUCACCGCUGGCUGCCACCGCCAAGUAUCCGGUUUUUCAGGACCGGCCGGUGCUGAGCCUCAAGUACGGCAAGCUGCUAAAGACGGUGGUGAGGCAGAGCAAGAACCACUAUUUGCUGGAGUACAAGAAAGGAGAUGUCAUAGCCCUCCUCAGUGAGGAGAAGAUCAGGUUGAAAGGCCAGCUGUGGACCAAGGAGUGGUACAUUGGCUACUACCAGGGCAAAAUUGGCCUCGUGCACACCAAAAACGUGCUGGUGGUUGGGAAGGUCAAGCCCAGCUACUUCUCUGGGCCAGAUCUCACCACCAGCCUGUUGCUGGAGCAGAUCCUGAGGCCCUGCAAGUUCCUGACCUACAUCUACGCCUCGGUGAGGACUCUGCUGAUGGAGAACCUCAGCAGCUGGAGGUCCUUCGCCGACGCCCUGGGCUACUCCAACUUGCCACUCACGUUCUUCUGCCGGGCUGAGUUGGACAGUGAGCCCGAGAGGGUGGCCUCCGUCCUGGAGAAGCUGAAGGAAGACUGCAACAGCACGGAGAACAAGGAGAGGAAAUCUUUCCAGAAGGAGCUGAUGACGGCCCUGCUGAAGAUGGACUGCCAGGGGCUGGUGGUGAGGCUCAUCCAGGACUUUGUGCUGCUGACUACGGCCGUGGAGGUGGCCCAGCGCUGGCGGGAGCUGGCCGAGAAGCUGGCCAAGGUCUCCAGGCAGCAGCUGGACGCCUACGAGGCCCCGCACCGGGACAGGACGGGCACGGUGGACACCGAGGCCAUGUGGAAGCCAGCCUACGACUUCCUGCUCACCUGGAGCAGCCAGAUGGGGGACAGCUACCGGGAUGUCAUCCAGGAGCUGCACACGGGGCUGGACAAGAUGAAGAACCCCAUCACCAAGCGUUGGAAGCAUCUCACGGGCACCCUGAUCCUCGUCAACUCCUUGGACAUGCUGAGGGCAGCUGCCUUCAGCCCCCAGGACCACGAGGAUUUUGCCAUUUAGCCCCUGGUUCUCCACAUCUCCUUCCCUAGGAUUUUUUUCCCCUCUUUUUUUUUAAGCAAAAGAAGAAGUGGAGGUUGCUCUGCCCGGGUUUUAAGAGGCCAAAGUUUGCAAGUUCUCUACCAGGACUGGAAAUCAGCAGGAGAGACAUCCCUCCUUGGUGGGAAUUCAUCUGGCAGGGGAUGGCUUGUCAUCCACCGAAACGAUGUCUUACUAAAAGAAACCUGUGGGGGGGUGACAGGGUGGGGAGGGAGCACAACAGAGAUGGGGUUUUUUAGGCAUUUCCAAAUAAAAGUCUAAUUUUUGUAA